GCAAUCUAGUGAUCUCAAAAUCUCAAAUAGAGGACCAAAGGGUCUUCCUGUCUUUCACUCCUCUUUUAUGACCCUUCAAACAAAACCUUUCGAAUUCCCUGCCACUUCCUACUCCACAACGGAACAUGUUCAAACUCCCCGGAAAACUCCUCUUAUGGUUCUUUAUUUUCACGUAUUUAAUCAAUACCAUCACCUUGGCUCAACCCAAUUUCACUUCUUAUUACUGUGAAAACGCAGUUAACUAUACCAGAAACAGUACGUACGAAAGAAAUCUUGGCACCACCCUCUCCGCCCUCCCGAACACCAGCUCCGCCUUUGGUUUCUACAACCUCUCCACCGGCGAUGGAAACGACAGAGUCAACUCCAUGGCCCUUUGUCGGGGCGACGUCGAGUCGGAUUUGUGCUUGGGUUGCCUGAACGACUCCAUUGUUAAAUUGCGAGAAAACUGCCCUAACCAACGGGAAGCAACAGGAUACUACGACAACUGCUUGUUGAAAUAUUCCAACAAAAAUAUACUGGGAUACACAUACAGUCCAGAAGAUAUUAUAUAUUUGAGGAAAACCCAAAACGCGCCAGAUAGGGAUCGCUUUAUUGGGUCUCUGAUGCCAUUGUUAAGCGAGCUGAGAACUGACGCAGCGGCCGGCGGAUCGCUGCGGAAGUUUGCCACCGGGAACACGACUGUGCAUGAUUUCACAACCAUUUACGCGCUUAUGCAGUGUACUCCAGACUUAUCAGAAGUGGAGUGCGAAAGUUGCUUAUAUGAUUCUGUCAAUCAGUUUGCAGGUCAGUAUAGUGGGAGAAUUGGAGGGAGUACUCUUCUGCCUAUGUGUAAUUUUAGAUACGAAAUCUAUAGGUUUUUUAACGGGAGUACUAUGUUAAUACCAUCACCGCCAACCUUGCCGGUGUCUCCGCCGCCUGUUCAACCACCACCAGGCAAAAAUAAAAACCAAACACGAACUGUGAUAAUAACAAUUUCUAUUGUCACAGUCAGUGUGGUCUUAAUAAUUGCUUCCAUAUAUAUCUUCAGAUUGGGGAAAAAGAAGAAGCAAACACCUCCAAGUGAAAGUAUUCAAACUGAAACUAUGGAUAUCGGCACUGUUGAAUCAUUGGAAUACAACUUUAGUACAAUAAAAGCAGCAACAAAUGACUUCUCGGAAGACAAUAAGCUUGGAAAAGGCAGUUUUGGAGCAGUUUACAAGGGUAAGCUUGGAGAUGGACUAGAAAUUGCAGUAAAGAGGCUAGCAAGGGAUUUUAGGCAAGGUGACAUAGAAUUUGAGAACAAGGUUUUGCUUGUCGCCAAGCUUCAACAUCCUAAUUUAGUCAAGCUGCUUGGUUUCAGCUUAGAAGGCAAUGAGCGACUUCUCGUCUAUGAGUUCUUGCCAAAUGCAAGUCUUGAUCGGUUUCUAUUUUAUCCAGCUAAGAAUACAAUUCUAGAUUGGGAAAAGCGAUACAAGAUCAUCAAGGGGGUGGCCAAGGGACUAUUAUACCUUCAUGAGGACUCCUAUCUAAGGAUAAUUCAUCGUGAUUUGAAAGCCAGUAAUAUUUUGUUAGAUGCGGAAAUGAAUCCUAAAAUAGCAGAUUUUGGAAUGGCCAGAUUGUUUGACCCUGACGAAUCUCAAGGCGACACAAAUCAAAUUGUAGGAACCUGUGGUUAUAUGGCACCAGAAUAUGCAACGCACGGCGAAUUUUCAGUAAAGUCAGAUGUAUUUAGCUUUGGAGUUUUAUUGUUGGAACUAGUAACAGGUCAAAAGAACCAAUGUUUUCGAAAUGGAGAGGACAUUGAAGACCUUCGUAGCUAUGCAUGGAAAUGUUGGCGAGAUGGGACCGUGACAAACAUUAUAGAUCCUACAUUGAUGACCGGAUCUGGUUUGCGUGAUAUCAGUAGAAGUAUCCAGAUUGGGUUAUUAUGCGUUCAAGAUACUGCUUAUGACAGGCCAACCAUGGCUGCUGUUGUUCUUAUGCUUAAUAGUUUCUCUAUCACACUUCCAGUACCUUCAAAGGCUGCAUUUUUCAUGCGUAGUACCAUUGAUCCUCAAUUUCCACUCCUUCAAGAGUACAGUUCUUCAACUGGGAGCAGCAGUUUAGAAAAAAUUAAAAUAUCAAAAUCAAGAUCAUCCCAAAUUUCAGUAAAUGAUAUCUCAAUGUCUGAAAUAGUUCCUAGAUAGGUUUUACUCAAAAUAAGUGUUGAAAUAUCAACCCUUUUUAGCGAAGAGAAUACUACACUACACUGUGUUACAAGUCGAGUAUUAUGAUAAUGAUUCAAAUGGAAUAACAACUA